GGUCUGAUUGUCUCAAAAUAAAUAAGUCAAAUGCGUGCAGUGACCAAAAACUACAUUUCCCACAAUACAUGCCGAUUAUGUUACCCGCGAAGUGACGGCAUCCCGCCACUAGACUGCAGUGUUUCCACAUGCGAUUUUCCCAACAAGUGGAAUUGAGAAAUACAAAUAAUGAUCCCAAAAUGUCCAGGAAGAGAAAAAUUGAUGCAGAUGGAAGGGUGUUUCAAGAAAGAUGGGAAGGCGAAUACAUGUUUGUGCUUCAAGGAGAAAAACCGGUAUGUCUUUUGUGUUAUGAGGCGGUGGCGGUUGUCAAAGAGUACAAUCUACGUCGUCAUUUUGAGACCAAACACGGAGCUAAGUAUGCCAAAAUUAGCCAUCAAGAAAAACAACAAAUUGCCCAAGAAUUAAAAGGCAAACUGCGAUCGCAGCAGAAUGUGUUCGCGAAAGCCACAACCAAAAACAACGCGGCAGUGAAAGCUAGCUUUGUUGUGGCUGAAGAAAUCGCCCGUGCUUCAAAGUCUUUUUCAGAGGGAGCGUUUUUGAAGCAGUGCAUGCUGAAGGUCUGUGAGCAGGUGUGUCCCAACCAGAUACAGACUUUUAAAAAUGUCAGUUUAUCAAGAAACACUAUCGCGGACCGAGUUAAGGAACUAGCAGGAAACCUGGCAACACAGCUGGCCGAAGAGACACGCAGCUACAUAGCUUUUUCAUUAGCUGUUGAUGAAAGCACAGACAACACGGACACAGCGCAGCUAUCUAUUUUUAUUAGAGGCGUGAAGUCGGACCUCUCUGUCACUGAGGAGCUGUUGGAUGUGGCUGCCAUGCAUGGGACCACAACGGGACGGGACAUUUUUGAUGCGGUGGAGAAGUCCGUCAGUAAAAACGCAUUGCCCUGGGAAAACUUGGUGGGAUUAACUACAGACGGUGCACCUGCAAUGUGUGGAAGAAAAGUGGGCUUGGUUGGACUAAUGAAGGAGAAAAUGCAAGAAAGUAACUGUCACACGCCUCUGAUAACGUAUCAUUGCAUUAUCCAUCAAGAAGCUUUGUGCGGGAAGGUACUGGGGAUGGAUGAUAUAGUGACCACGGUCACGAAGACAGUGAACUUCAUUCGGGCGCGUGGCCUGAAUCAUCGUCAGUUCCAGCUGUUCUUGCAGGAGAUGGGCUCGGAGCACGGAGACGUGCCGUACCAUACAGAAGUAAGGUGGCUGAGUAGGAGCAAAGUCCUCAAACGAUUUUUUGAGCUUAGGGAAGACAUUGCUCUUUUCAUGCAGAGUAAAGGGAAACCCUUGUCUGAACUGUCAGAUCCAAACUGGCUGUGUGACUUUGCUAUGUUGUGUGACAUAACCGAGCAUCUCGCCCAACUGAAUCAGAAGCUGCAGGGACGCAAACAAGUCAUCACGCAGAUGUCCGACACGAUCACGGCUUUCCAGCGUAAACUUGACCUAUGGAUGUGCCAAGUGAAACAGGACAAUCUUGCCCACUUUCCUGUUUGUCAGAGCAUCUCAGCCUCAUGUCCCGGUACUUUCUCAUGUGCUCAGUUAGCUACCAAACUGAGCCUGUUGAUGAAUGAGUUUGAUCGGCGCUUCUCUGACUUCAGAGCACAGCACUCUGGAUUUGCCAUCUUUGCUAGUCCUUUCACCACCGACGUGUGCACUGCACCCCAACACCUUCAGAUGGAGUUAAUAGAGCUUCAAAGCGAUAGUGGCCUGAGAGCAAAGUUCCAGGAUGCUACAAUCCAGGACUUUUACCGUCUACUGCCCCCUGCUUUCAUGCCACAGCUUCGACUUCAUGCUGCCCGUGUUCUGUCUAUGUUUGGGAGCACCUAUCUGUGCGAACAGAUGUUUUCAAUAAUGAAUCUAAACAAAAACAAGUACAGAUCACGCAUCACUGACGACAACCUCCACGCUGUUCUACGGAUUGCUACAGCACAGGACCUAAAACCAGACAUUGACACACUGGCCACGGAAAAACGGUGUCAGACAUCUGGUCAGAAAACACAUUGAACAUGAUCAAUGGAUGUGUUCAAGGACAGGCAGCAUCUCCUCAUCAAAAACUAACCUAAAAACUUGACCAAUAUAGUUGUGGACUGAGACAACCCUUAUUUUGUUAUUUUGAGUUUAUUACAUAUACUACUUUAUAUGUGUAGCAAUGUAUUUAGUGUUUGCAGGUUUUAUGUGUUUAUGCAGACAAAUGUUUACUGUAAUCAAACCAUCUCUCAUUAGUUGGAUGUAUGCCCCCUGCAAGGCUGUGUGCAGCCAUUUGUUUUUGUAAAAUGCUACAUCUGUCACACAUGUUCUUAGCAGCUCACAAUUGUUGGUUUUACAGUUAUUUGUUAUUUCAAGUUUUGAACAAAGUUAAUGUCAUAACUUGUGUUUGAUGUUAUUUUUCUUUAUUCACUUGGAUAGUUUGAUCGUUGAUUGAUGGAGUAAUGUGGGUUUCAUAACCUGACAAAUUAAAAGGAUUUAUGUUAUAAUAACAGAGCAACAAGCAAACAUAUUUUUGACAUCUAUGCAAAUAUAUAUGUAAUAUUUGUAACUUGAAUAAGUAAUACAUUCAGAG